GCAGAUCCAUUGACCUUUGUCACCAGCUCUUUGUUCUAUGCUUAUGGCUUUUGUGUUCUGCUCAUCUCUCUUCUCUAUUGUUGGAUUGAAGGUAGUACCUAAUGUGGUGGCAGAGUUAUGGAUCUGGAGGAAAGGACUCUGAUGACACUGAUCCAUAUGAAGUGAUCAGUGCUUCCGAACCGGGUCUGGAAACGCUUCCCUCAGCUGUGCGCCGGCGUGUGAGGGCGUUGAAAAAACUUCACAAAAAUCUUCAGGAUCUGCAUGAGGACAAGCUGAAUGCGAUUGUAGCAUCCAUGGAAGAUUUUGCAACAAAAGGCGGCCCUAUAUAUGCGAAGCGGAGGCAGAUCAUACUUGGGAAAAAGGGUUUGGCGUUUGCCGAUGGAAGUGAGGACAUCAGUGGCGGAAAACCGAGCUGGUUUCUUACGGUUCCAAGGUUUUGGCUGCUUGCACUCAAGGGUUCAUCAACGACCGUUGAACUGAUUCGGCGACGAGAUGAAUCCGUCCUCAGUUAUUUGGUCGAUAUUCGGUACAAGCGCAUUAUGGAGGGUUUCACACUGGACUUCGAGUUUCUACUGAACCCAUUCUUCACAGAUCGGGUGCUCUCGAAGACCUUUCUGCGCCAAGAUGGCGAACUGGUGACAGGCUCUGAGGAGUCGGUGGUGCACUGGAAAGAGGGAAAGAAUGUCACUGUACGACAGACCAAGGAUGAGAAGAGUGGUAGAGUUGUCUUCAAACCGUGUGCAAGUAAGGAUACUUUAGCGCUGGUAUGUAUUAGUGGGGGCUGGAAGGCUGUGGCGACAGUGUGGGAGCUCUGGGGACAGCGGCUGUAUGCCUGAUGAUGAGAGUAUGCUGACGUGGCAUUUUGGCUGAGGUGGCACUGCAUUGCGUUGUGGGUGGUACUGAGGCUAUUGACUGGUCAUCUAAAUGCACGUCGGCCCAAUUGGUGAGAAAUUUAUGGUUGGGGCCAGCUAUCUCCAGGUACAUUGUUCCCAUUCCUUAUCUACCCUCUCAAUCUCUUCUUACCGUGAGGAAGCGAGUCCAACUUGAGUGCCCUCUCUUUGGUGAGGAGUCGUGUGCGCUCUACCUUGAGAGACGACAUUCUUCCUAGUGACACAUCUGACAGGAGAGGGUGGUGCCUCUGAAGGGCCCUAGUCGAAGCACGGGUCACGGUCACCAUGCCAACCCAUGGGAAUAGUACACGUAGGCUUUGCUGCUUUGUCCAUUGAGGCUCUUUGCCGUGCCGAUAGAAUGGGUGUGCGGACUGACCAGUCCUAAUGCAGAUGUUCCCAGACCGUCUAUAAACAUUUCUGGUUGGGGUCCGAUUUGUCCACUGGUUGUGAUCGUUGUCCUGAUUGCAACGUUAAAUAAUUCCUGAGGAUUCUCGGGGGCUGUCCUUAAAUUGCCUCUUGAUCAGCCAGAUCAGUCGGACGUAAGGCUCGUUGCACUCGAGGGUAAACAAAGGGCACGCCAGUCA